AUGCCUCCCAGCGAACUCCUCAGAGACAUGCUCGCUCCCCGCGUUCUCGGUAACUUCGACGGUGUCACCUUUGUAGGCGCCAAACGCCUUCUAGCAGGCCUCAUCGUCGUCUCGGUCAUCUGCGUCCUCGCGAUCUACCUCGCUAUUCACUUCCGCAUCUGCCUCGCCCGCGACAAGAAAUCCUUCCGCUCCCUGGCCAUCGACUUUGAAACACUCGGAAAGGUCCACGCGACGCUCAAGAACCAGCACGAAUUCAUCCGCGAGGACUGUCGCAACUUGCAGAUGACGCUCGACUUUUACAUCAAGGAGUACGGUCGGCAUCCGCGCCAUAAUCAGUUGCGGUUCGAGCCUGGGCAGGGGAAGCAGACUUCAGGUGUGACUGAUGUCAUCAACUCUCCUUCGGGUAAUAGACGCUUGCGUGAGGACGAGGAUGUCUUCGUGAUUGAAGAGCCUUCGCAGGAGGAUUUGAAUGGUGGGGUUGAGGAGGGUGAUGUUGCGGAUGGCGAUCGUGUUCCGCGGUUCAGCGAGGAGGAGAAGAAGAGGAAGCAAGGUAAGGUGCCGCGUUUUCAGGCUAUCGCAGCUGGUAUGCAGGAUGUUCCGCUGACCCCUCCCAUUCAGGGGCAAGGUAAUAGGUAG